GUCUUGCGUUGUAACGACGUUCUAUACGUUGGUGGAUUUGUGUGGCGUGUGGCACUAAUUCAAUUCUUCGGCUUGACGUGUUUUUUUCUUUUCAAUUCAUUUAAACUCUUUCGUAUUGGAAUAUAUCGUCGUAAUUGUAGCCGUGUUACUUAUUUAUCGCAUUAUUACCAAUAUAAUUAAUACAAAUACAUGUGAAUGUAUGUGAAAAACAACAAACGUGUAAACGGAAAAUAAUAUUUAAAAUUGUGGAAAAAAGUGAUAUGUAUGUGUACAUAAUUUAAAAAAAGUACAAAAUAAUAAGAAAAAAGAAAAAUAUGUAUCAAAAUAAAAUGAAAUAAUAAUAAUAAUACUUAUACAAUCAUACAUCAUAUUAACAUACAAAGUUAAUAAAAAUUUGCAAAAUAUUAAAUAAUAAAAACAAAAAAAAAGUUAAAAUAUUUACUUAGUUCAAUACUUAACGAGUGUCGGAAAAGUGUUUCCAUCAUUAAUUGUUGGAAUACACGGCCCUAAUAGAAAUAAUUGGAAUUUUAUAUUUAACACUUGGAUUAAAAACCGCCAAAAUUGUGGAGGCACUUAAAAUGAAGACUGAGCUGCGUUCCUGCGCAGCGUGUGGGGAACCAAUCUCGGAUAGAUUCUAUCUAGAGGUUGGUGGCUGUUCGUGGCAUGCUAACUGUCUUCGGUGUUGCAUGUGUAUGUGUCCCUUGGAUCGUCAACAGUCAUGUUUUAUACGUGAAAGACAAGUUUAUUGUAAGGCUGAUUACAGCAAAAACUUUGGUGCAAAAUGUUCAAAAUGCUGCCGUGGUAUUUCAGCUUCCGACUGGGUGCGGCGAGCCCGCGAUUUAGUUUUCCACUUAGCCUGCUUUGCUUGUGAUCAAUGUGGUCGACAGCUAUCGACAGGCGAACAGUUUGCACUCAUGGAAGAUCGAGUGCUGUGUAAAGCCCACUAUUUGGAAACAGUAGAAGGUGGCACUACAUCAAGUGACGAUGGCUGUGAUGGUGAUGGUUAUCACAAGAGCAAAACGAAACGUGUUCGUACUACAUUCACAGAAGAGCAGUUGCAAGUGUUACAGGCCAAUUUUCAAAUUGACAGUAAUCCAGAUGGACAGGAUUUGGAAAGAAUUGCUUCGGUGACGGGUCUGAGUAAACGUGUGACGCAAGUUUGGUUUCAAAAUUCGCGAGCACGUCAGAAAAAACACAUACAUGCUGGUAAGAAUAAAAUGCGAGAACCUGAAGGUAACUCUUUUGCCCGCCAUAUCAACCUGCAGCUGACGUAUUCAUUUCAGAAUAACGGUCAAAAUCCCAUGCAAAUGAACGGCAAUAAAACGGGAUUAUAUCCGCCACAUGAAUCUUCUAUGGAUGAAUUAUCACAAGACUCCAGUGUGCAUUGUAUGCAAAGCGAAGUGUGACUUAUUGAUUCUUUUAAACCCCAUUAGAGCAAUUAUUUCUUUCCUUUUGUUUGCAAAAACAAAUACUAAAUAUUUAAAAUAUUUUAAGGAGACAAAAACAAAAAAAUAUAAAUAACGUCCUAAACCUAGUCAAAAUUGCAAAAAAAAAUCGUCCAAUUCUUAAGAAUACUAGAAAUCAAUUUAUCGCACAAAAUUCUAUAAUUCAUCGAAAAAAAAAAAAAAA